UCUGGACACAUGCGCACUGUCGCCGCUGGGGAGAUGGCUAGCUGUCGGGUUUUGCGCCAAGUCUGGUGUGGCUGCCGGCGGGGGCCGGGGGUCCGCCCAGGGUCCCAGGCCUCAAGCUUUGGCACCGAAGCCGGACAUCAGCUGCGCCGAGGAGGAUCCAGCAAGCGGUCGGGGCAGUUGGGGGACCAGCCAUUCGCGGGGGUGCUGCAGCUAGAGAAUCUCACCCGGGAAGGGCUGGUUGAUGUGCUGAGGGCAGCCGUAGUGGACCAGAGAGGACCUCUUGUUACACUGAAUAAGCCACCAGGUCUACCAGUGACAGGAAAACCAGGGGAGCUGACAUUGUUCUCGGUGCUGCCAGAGCUGAGCCAGUCGCUGGGGCUUAAGGAUCGGGAGCUCCAGGUUGUCCAGGCAUCUGGGAAAGACACCUCUGGGCUUGUACUCCUUUCCAGCUGUCCUCAGACAGCGAGCCGCCUGCAGAAGUUCUUCAUCCACUCACGGAGAGCCCAGAGACCCACAGCCACCUACUGUGCUGUCACUGAUGGGAUUCCAGCUACUUCUGAGGGGGAUAUCCAGGCAACUCUGAAACUGGAACACAUUGAUGGUGUUGAUCUAGUAAUUCCAGUGAAGUCCCCAUCCCGGAAAGACUUCCAAGAAGGUGUCAAGAGGACCUUCAGCCACUUCCAUGUGGUGGCCAUGGGCUCUGGCUGUGCCCUGGUCCAGCUGCAGCCACUGACAGUUUACAGGACAUUGAGAUAACAGAAGAACAAGCUAAACAGCAUCACGAAGAAACAAUCAGAUAAAUCCAAAAUGUGGGGCAGUUCUACAAAACAACCAGCCUGGUCCCUUCAAAAGUUCCAAACAAACUAUGGAGGAAGAAAAAGCAGUGCUGCUGCUCUAGAUUAAAAGAAAUUAAAGAUCACCCAAAGGAAUAAAACCUGUGACAAAUGGAAUCAAGGAAGUGAAAGACCUAUACAUUGGAAACUAAGAUACCAAUGAAAAAAACCGAAGACACAAAUAAAUGGAAAGAUAUUCUUGGCUCAUGGAUUGGAAGAAUUAAUGUUAUUAAAAUGUCCACAUGACCCAAAGCAAUCUAUAGAUUCAAUGCAAUCUCUAUCAAAAUUCCAAUGGCAUUUUUCACAAAAAUAGAAAAAUUAAUCCUAUAUCCUGUAUGGAACCACAAAAGACGCUGCACAGUCCAAACAAUCUUUUUUUUUUUUUUUAAGAUUUUUAAGCCAUCUUUAUACCCAACAUGGGGCUCAAAAUAAUGACCCUGAGAUUAAGAGUCACAUACUCCACCAACUGAGCCAGCUAGGAGCCCUCAAAACAAUUCUGAGAAAGGAGAACAAAGCUGGAAGCAUCACACUUACUGACUUCAAACUGUAUUACAAAGCUGUAGCAAUCAAACAGUAUGGUACUGGCAUAAAAGCAGACACCUAGAUCAAAUGAACAGAAUAUAGAACUGCCCAGAAAUAAAGUCACACAUACAAGGUGAAUUAAUUUAUGACAAAGGGGAUACAAAAAGUAUCUCCUUCAGUCUCUUCAAUAAAUGGUACUAGGAAAACUAGAAGCCACAUGCAAAAGAACGAACCCAGACUACAACUUAUAGCACACAUAAAAACCAACUCAAAAUAGAUUAAAGUGAAUUUAAGACCUGAAACCAUAAAACCCUUAGAAGAAAACACUGGCAGUACUAAGCUCCUUGCCAUCAAUCUUGGCAAUGAUUUUUUUUGGAUUUGAUACCAAAAGUAAAGGCAAUAAAAGCAAAAAUAAAAACAUGGGACUAUAACUAAAAAGCUUCUGCACAACAAAGGAAACCAUCAACAAAGUGAAAAGGCAACUCACCAAAUGGGAGAAAGUAUUUGCAAAUCAUAUAUCUGAUAAGGGGCUAAUAUCUAAAAUAUAUUAUAAAGAACUCCUACAAGUCAAUGGCAAAAACACAAGUAAUCUGAUUUAAAAAUGGGCAGAGGAUCUGAACAGACAUUUUUCCAAAGAUGACAGACAGAUGGCCAACAGGCACAUGAAAAGGUGCUCAACGUCACACUAAUCUUGGGGGAACUCCAAGUCAAAACCAUAUGGGAUAUCACCUCACACAUGUAAAAUGGCUAUUUUCAAAAAGGUAAGAAACAAGUGUUGGUAAGGAUGUAAAGAAAAGGGAACGCUUGUGAACUGUUAGUAAGAACUGGUGCAGCCACUGUGGGAAAUAGCAUGGAGCUUCCUCAAAAAAUUAAAAAUAGAAUUAUCAUAUGAUCCAGCAAUUCCACUUCUGAGUAUUUAUCUGAAGGGAAAGAAAGUAUUCCUAUCUUGAAUAUCUGUACCCCCAUGUGCAUGGCAGCCCAUCAAUGGAUGAAUGAAUAAAGAAAAUGUGACUGUCUGUUUAGCUAGCUAGCUAACUAGCAAUCAUGGAAUAUUAUUUAGACAUAAAAAAGAAGGAAAUAUUGCCUUUUGUGAUAAAAUGGUUGGGCUUUGAGAGCAUCACACUAAGUGAAAUAAGUCAGAAAGAUCAAUAUUUCAUGAUGUAAAUUAUAUGUGAAAUCUAAAAUAAAAAUAAAAACA